GCCCUGCGCUGAUCUCUGCUCCGGUGUUGUCCGCCCUGGUGUCGUCUGCUCCGGGUUGAUUUACAUCGAUCUGGUCUCGUUGGCUUUAUCCACCGUCCCUCCUACCCAGCACUUAUCUAGCAUCUCCACCACCCACCGAUCUCCCUCGGCCUGAAUCUCUAUCCGCCUUCUCGAUCUCGCCAUGUCCGAUCCAAACGCCGUCGCCGGGCUGCAGGCUCGCCUCACCAAGCUCGUCCUUAACAUCCAGUUCCUCUGGUUUAUCGGCCACUUGACUACACUCUCCCAGUCAGCCCUCUUUAUCCUGAGCGGUGGAAAGAGCUACUACAAGGCCUACUACGGCGUCAUCCUGUGCUAUGGCAUUAUCCUCUACAAGUGUCACGGCACCCCCAAGUUCAGUCGUGACUAUUUCCAGAAGGUCAUGACCGACGAGAACGCCCAAUAUCUCCUGCUUGCCAUCGUGUGGGUUUCGUCUGCGCCGAUCUCAGUCACCCUGCUCCCGUAUGCCACCUUCUCGCUCUUCCAGUUCCUGAGCUACACCCGCCAGAGCGUCCUGCCCGCCAUCUUCCCGCCCGUCGCUGGCGCCGCCUCGGGCCUGACCCAGCAGGUCUCGGCCAGUAUCGACAAGUUUGUCAAGGCCAACCAGCAGCCCGCUCUGCGUGCCGUGGCUUUCAUCGAAGUCUUCUUGAUCCUGCCCUUCCUGAUCGUCUCGGUGUUUGGUCGAUACGCCUCCUUCACGACCCCGAUUCUGUUCAUCCAGUUCCUGCGAUUCCGCUACUUCUUCUCCAGCCUGACCAAGCAGGCUGUCCACGAACUGCGGAGCCGUCUGGAUGUCCUGUUUGGCCUCCCUGCCGUCCCGGCCGUCGUCCAAAAUGGCUACCGCACCGUGCGGGAUCUGAUUGUGCGAUAUCUCGGUGCCGAUGGUGCGGCUGCUGCCAAUGCCAAUGCCAAUGCCGGCAACUAAUACACUGCGGUUGCAUCCCAUCCGA